AUGAUUCUUCCUCAUAUCCAGCAGCGUGUGGACGAGAGUGAGUUUCAUGGUGCGCGUGAGCUGCUGGAACUGCUGAAGCGUGAGCUUACCAUCCGCUCUCCGCUUGAAGAUGGCGAGGAUGGCGAGGGGCAUCCGGAUGUACAGCGAACCCCACGGAACAUUCGCUACGUCCUGGAACGCAUGAGCUUGGGAAGCCUUAUUGUCUUGGUUUGCGCGAAGGAGAUGAGGGGCCAUCUGGUGAUGGUGGCUGCAGAGGCCUUGCAGAGCUUGCGUGCUGAAGUGAAGUUUUUGGAGAGAGCAGAGGUGUGCAAGACCUAG